AUGAGUUUGCCGAAGAAGUGUUGCAUAAUUGGUUUAGAUGGUCGGGUGAUAAACGAUUUAGAUGAUUUGAUGGAUACUUCGGCAUCUUCGGCUUCCGAGUUGCAAACGACGGCGGCGGCGAUGACCUUGACAGAGAUCGAGAUAUUUCUAAAAAGUAAUGGUAUAUAUGAUGAGAUUUAUCCUGUGUUGGAAGCUUAUGAGUUAGAUAGCAUUGAAUUGUUAUCAAAUUUACUUAAAUCAGAGGAAUUCAAGGAAUUAUUUCCAUCUUUAAAGCUAAGAUUAAAAUUAAGGGAGGCGUUGCGCAAACAUGAAGACUUCGAAUCACAAAAAAGCAAAGUACCUGCAGUUGUAGAUAUUGACUAUAGUGAAACAAUUAGUUUACCUACGUUGAGCUCAACGCCAAUAACUGAGCCCUGUACAUCAGGUGCUCAAAAAUGCUUUCAGGAAAGAACAGUAUUGUUUCUUAGUUCGGAAGAAAAUAACGUGGGUGAAGUCACAGCAAAUAGAUCUAGCCCAAGUCGUGACGUUUUAAAUACCAUUAAAGACAUUAAUCCUUCGAAACGUAUAAGAUUGGACAUACAAAGUCUUAACCUUCCGCAACUUCUGGAAGAAUCCAUAACAGGAAAAGCUUUAGUUGCUAUUUACAAUAAAUACCAAGAAUUUGAACCUAAGUACCAAGGAUAUUUGUGUGAUGUGAUCGUGCAGCAUUUUUUAAAUCAGCCUACUUUUCAAAGACUCACAAAUGAAGAUUUUGAUGCAAUUGCGGAUAAUAUAAUCACAGUUUUCCCCAAGGAAGUAAAAACAACGUAUUUUAUUGAACCAUUGAAAAAAAAAUUCUCAAAGGAAAACAAAUCUGGAUUUGCUAGGGGGAAACUAACUGACAAAUAUAGAAAUCGCCUCACAUUUUUAAGGAAAGCUGGCCUGAUUUCUUCCCAGAGGGAGACAGGUAGAAGAAGUGAUGAUGCUGAUGAACUACAAGUCUCUUUAUCAAUUAGCAUAGAAGACCAAACUAAGAACGAUCUUUUGUGGUUGCAACACAAUACUGAGCCCUGGCAUACUGUCGAAGAAAAGUGGAAAAGCACUUUCAAAUAUCGCAAAAAUCUACUUGAAAGUUCUUCAAUACCAAACGACGAACUAACAAAGAUAUUUAACAUUCUAAAAAACCCUAUGGGACACACCCUAAUAGAUUGGGAUUUCAAAGAACUCCAUGAAGAGUCCUAUGGUAAACUAUUUUCCGGAUUUGACAACAUUUUUAAAAUAUUGGUGGACCUAAGGAGAAAAACGCUUAAUAAAAAUGAACACCUUCUAUUAGAUAUUAUUGAAAAUCCUCAAGAUAAUUUUGCAUCUAAUACCCGAGAAUAUAUUCAACUUUCUCUUUUAAUCUCGCUACUCCCCCCAAAACAAUUUAAAAGGUGCUCCAAGGCAUGGAUCCCAUCAACCGAUGAGUGCAAAGAAGGGAUUGUUUCUCAUGUUAAGAUUCCAGGCGACAUCCCCAAAGCAAUAGAGGACAAAAAGAAAAAGCUUGCAAAGUAUGGCCUGACCUUACAACCAUUUGUAAUCAUUGAAGGGGCAAGCUAUAACAAUAUUUCCAACGUAUAUGUGAGUUUUAAUAAUAUACUUUACAAAGUAAAUUCAGUUUUAAAAGGCGUGGAUACUUGUUUCCAAAUAAUCACAAUCUUUGAUUUGAAAUAUCCGUAUGAAGCAGAGCAUGUUUGGUUAUUUUUACAAAAAAGUGUUUACAAUAUUCAUACAAAAUAUGAUAAUAUCCCAAAUAUACUCGAUAUCAUAAAUAAAAUAAAAAAUAGAUCAUAAUUUUUCUUUAGAGAAUACGUAAAUUAUAAAACAUCUCAUCUCUUGGUACCAUUAUUUAAAAUUAGUAAUAAAAAUGAUUUGUAAAACAUGUAUGAAAAUAU